AUGUUGCUGCGCCUGCUGCUGGCCUGGGCGGCCGCGGUGCCCGCGCUGGGCCAGGACCCCUGGACGCCCGAGCCCCGCGCCGCCUGCGGCCCUGGAAGCUGCUACGCGCUCUUCCCUCGGCGCCGCACCUUUCUGGAGGCUUGGCGGGCGUGCCGCGAACUGGGAGGCGACCUGGCCACGCCGAGGACCCCGGAGGAGGCCCGGAGUGUGGACAGCCUGGUGGGUGCCGGCCCGGCCGGAGGGCUGCUGUGGAUAGGGUUGCAGAGGCAGGCUCGGCAAUGCCAGCCGCAGCGCCCGCUGCGCGGCUUCACGUGGACCACGGGAGAUCAGGACACGGCCUUUACCAACUGGGCCCAACCCGCCACCGGAGGGCCUUGCCCGGCCCAACGCUGUGCGGCGCUGGAGGCCAGCGGGGAGCAUCGAUGGCUCGAGGGCUCGUGCACGCUGGCCGUCGAUGGCUACCUGUGUCAGUUUGGUUUCGAGGGGGCCUGUCCCGCAUUGCCGGUUGAGGUGGGCCAGGCCGGUCCAGCCGUCUACACCACGCCUUUCCACCUGGUCUCCACCGAGUUCGAGUGGCUGCCCUUCGGCUCCGUGGCUACGGUGCACUGCGAGGUUGGCAGGGGAGCCUCUCUUCUUUGCGUCAAGCAGCCCGCCGGUGGCGUUGGCUGGUCUCAGACUGGGCCUCUGUGCCCUGGGACUGGCUGUGGUCCAGACAACGGGGGCUGUGAACAAGAGUGUGUGGAGGAAAUGGACGGUCAUGUGUCCUGCCGCUGCAGUGAGGGCUUCCGGCUAGCGGCAGAUGGGCACAGUUGUGAGGAUCCCUGUGCCCAGGCCCCGUGUGAGCAGCAGUGUGAGCCUGGUGGGCCACAAGGCUACAGCUGCCACUGUCGCCUGGGCUUCAGGCCAGCGGAGGAUGAGCCACACCGCUGUGUGGACACGGAUGAGUGCCAGAUCGCCGGCGUGUGCCAGCAGAUGUGUGUCAACUACGUCGGUGGCUUUGAGUGCUAUUGCAGCGAGGGGCACGAACUUGAGGCCGAUGGCAUCAGCUGCAGCCCUGCAGGGGCCAUGGGUGCCCGGACUUCUCAGGACCUGAGGGAUGAGUUGCUAGAUGAUGGGGAAGAAGAAGAAGAGGAUGACGAGGAAGCCUGGGAAGUCUUUGAUGGAGGCUGGACAGACCUGCCUGGGGUCCUAUGGAUUGGGCCUUCACAGCGGCCUGACUUCCACCAGGCCUAUAGACCCAGCUUCCCAGAGGACCAAGAGCAGCAAAGACCUCACCCGCAGCCUACUUGGCCACACCUGCCCAGUGUCCCCAGGGGCCCUUACCACUCCUCAGUGGUCUCUGCCACCAGGCCUGUGGUGGUUUCUGCCACACGCCCCACACUACCUUCUGCCCACCAGAUCCCUAUUAUCUCAGCCAUACAUCCACCCCAGAGCCCAGCCCACCCACCCUCCAUGAUCCCUACCACACCUCCACCUGUGCCCCCUGACCACCUGGUACCUCCAAUCAAGGCCAACUACCCAGAUGUGCCCUUUGCCUACCAGCCCGGGGUUAUCUCUGUCACUCACCCAGUACGGCCCCCUGCCUACCAGCCCCCUGUUAUCUCAGUCAAAUACCCCAAAGUGUCCCCUGCUCACCAUUCCCCUGCGUCCCCAGACACAAAAAUAUCUAUGCAUCUGCCUCAAAUCCCACCCAAUCCUGUCCCUCAGGACACCACCCCUAGAACCAAUAAGCCCCCUCUGACCCCAGAUGUUCCGGUCCCCAGAACCCAGGCUCCCCAGCUAUCCCUUAUCUCCACUAUCCAGUCCCCUCUGCCCACCACCUCCAGAUCCCGUAUGAAAUCUGUCCACCAAUCCCCGAUGCCUGCUGCUACCCAGCCCCCAGCCCUCCCUACCCUCUUGGCCUCUCAGAGCCCUACUAAUCAGACCUCGUCCAUCAGCUCUACACAUCCCUAUUCCCAAGCCCCCCAAGUCCCAAGGGAAGGAGUCCCCAGUCCUAAGUUGGCCCCAUGGCAGCCCUCAGUGGCCCCUACAGCAGCUCCAACAGCCCUGGCAGAAGCUGGUCUGGCAGGCCGAAGCCAGAGGGAUGACAGGUGGCUGCUGGUGGCACUCCUGGUGCCAACCUGUGUCUUCUUGGUGGUUCUGCUUGCACUGGGCAUUGUGUACUGCACCCGCUGUGGCCCCCACGCGCCCAACAAGAGCAUCACUGACUGCUAUCGCUGGGUCACACAUGCAGGAAGCAAGGGCCCAACGGAACCCAUGCCCCCCAGGGGCAGCCUCACGGGGGUACAGACCUGCAGAACCAGCGUGUGAUGGGGCACAGAUACCCCGCAUGGGGUAGGGGGAAGGGACAUGCUCUGGACACAUGGUUGAGGCUGUACCAGGGGCUCAAGGGGACUGCCCAGCUGGACAUAGGGUUUCCUGCUCCAUGGGCCCAGCACUCAUGGCAGAGGACAUGCCAAGGCCUCUAGGACCUCAAGGGGUGGGUGCUGGGGUCUUCUCCAAUAAAUGGAGUGCCAACCUCA